AUGUACAAUGCGCUAACGCGUGCCUUAGAAGAGGAACUCGUGCCCUGCUGCCAGCACUACGGAAUCGACAUUGUCAUCUACAACCCACUUGCUGGGGGCGUUCUCUCUGGACGAUACAGGUCAUCAUCGGAAAUCCCAGAAGAAGGUCGAUUUUCAAAUGCCGAAGGACACACAAUGGGAAAGUUGUACCGUGAUCGAUACUUUAAUCAGAUCUAUCUCGAUGCCAUUAAUCAUCUCACACCAGCGGUGCAAAACCAGGGUCUAACUCUCGUCGAGACGGCGCUUCGAUGGCUUGUGCAUCACUCGAAAUUGCGUCCUUUUGAUGGCGACGGAAUCAUUAUUGGCGCGAGUAGUGUCGAGCAGUUGGACUCAAAUUUGAAGGACUUACAAAAGGGACCACUACCGGACGAGGUCGUCCGUGCGCUGGAUGAAGCAUGGCAGAAUACUCGAGCUAUUGCAAAGACAUAUUGGAGAUAG